GCAGAGUGAAAGAAGCCAAGUGGGACAUCGAGCGUCGAUGCGCAGUAGCUGAGCAGUGAAAUAUCGAUUAAAAAGAUAAAAUUGAAAAAUUGAAGAAAGACAUGUCGAGUCUAUAUUUCUCGAAUCUACCCAUGUGUCCUGAUCCUUUCGUCGGAGGACCUCGGCUUACAGAUAUAUGUCACGGCAGUCAGUAUCUACUUUUUCUGACACUCCUCAAUGCUCUGAUCGAAGUUGAUCCAAAAAUUGGUGACUCUUGCGGUCGUAUUGAUCCUGUGACGAAUCCUGACGAUUCUUACGAUUUCGUCGUGAUUGGGAGCGGAUCUGCCGGAGCUGUCGUCGCUGGGAGGCUCGGUGAGGUACCGGAGUGGAGGGUCCUUCUUCUUGAGGCAGGUCCUGAUGAACCUAGUGGUGCUGAUAUACCUAGCAACCUUCAAGCCUACAUCAAAACCGAUAUCGAUUGGCAAUUCUAUACAAGAAACGAGUCCUUUGCCUGUCUGGCACGUAAUGGCAGUUGCUACUGGCCAAGAGGUAAAAAUUUAGGUGGGACUUCGGUCCAUCACGGGAUGGCCUAUCACCGAGGAAAUUCCAAGGACUACGAAAGAUGGGUGGCUAUGGGAAAUACAGGCUGGUCCUGGGAGGAAGUAAUGCCCUACUUUCUAAAAUCCGAAGACAACCGUGAGAUAAAUCGAGUGGGCAAUACACAUCACGCUACCGGAGGACCAAUGCCAGUGGAAAGGUUCCCAUGGCAACCCAGCUUCGCCUGGGACAUCCUGGCCGCUGCCGAAGAGAAAGGGUACGGCGUGACGGAAGACCUGGUCGGCGACAAGAUCACAGGAUUCACUGUUGCACAGACGAACAGCAAGGACGGAGUCAGGGUCAGCAGUGCUGCCGCCUUUUUGCGGCCGCACAAAAACCGUACCAACUUGCACACAGCGCUUUAUGCAACGGCCACGAAAAUUCUAUUCGAGAAAAAGCGGGCAGUUGGCGUUGAGUAUCUCUUGAACGGAGAACCAAGAAGCGUCAAGGUCAGCCGAGAAGUAAUCGUCUCGGCAGGAACUGUAAAGUCCCCACAGCUCUUGCUGCUCUCGGGAAUAGGUCCCGAGGAUCAGCUGAGGUCGAUGGGUAUCGAGGUAGUCCAGGAGCUGCCAGGAGUAGGUGAAAACCUUCAGAACCACGUGUCCUACGGCCUGGACUUUGUGCUAGAUGAGAAAGAGUACGAUGAUCUGAACGUUCAUUCGGCAGAUCAGUACCUCCGCAAUCGGACAGGCCCCAUGUCGUCGACUGGCCUGGCCCAAGUGACGGGCAUCUUGGCAUCUAGCUACACCAAGCCGGAUGAUCCUGACCUGCAGAUAUUCUUCGCAGGGUAUCAGGCUGCGUGCAAAAAUAACAUUGGCACGUCUGAUCUUCUCUCUUUAGGGAACGAUCAGAGGACGGUCAGGUUUACAGCCGUGAAUCUUCAUACCCGUAGCAGAGGUCGUCUGACGCUGGCGAGUAAGGACCCCUUGGAUGACCCACACAUCUGGAGCAACGACCUGGAGGAUCCAUUGGACGUCAAGGUCGUCGUCGAAGGACUGAACGUGCUCCUGGACCUGGCCAAUUCCACAGUCAUGAGAAAGCACAAUCUGACCUUGGCCACCGCACCACGUGCGGAGUGUGCUCAGCACGUGUUCCCUAGCAAUGCCUACUGGUCCUGCGCCGUUCAUCAGGACACCCGCACUGAGAAUCAUCAGGUCGGCUCCUGCAAAAUGGGUCCUAGGUCAGACCCUACGUCCGUCGUGGAUCCAGAGCUGAAGGUUCAUGGACUGGAUGGAAUCAGAGUGGCAGACGCAUCCGUAAUGCCGAUUGUCGUAUCGGGGAAUCCCGCUGGAGCGAUAACGAUGAUCGGGGAACGAGCAGCAGAUUUUGUUAAAGGAAAAUGGAAUAAAUUGUAAUAAUUUUAAUUCAAUAUUCGAAUUCGUGCCGAGAAGAAAGGAAAAUAUAUAUUGAAGGUAUUCCAGAGUGCCAUAUAUUAAAUAAUUAAUAAUUACUCUUAUACAUUGUCAAACGCAAAUAAAUCAAUAAACUCAAUGAUACUGUGAAA